CUGGCAGCGGGCGCUGCGUGCAGUCGGCCGAUCCCUCCCGCCCUGCGUGUGGCGCCCGGACCGCCGGUGCCGCGCGCCCGCCGCUCCCGGACAUGCGCUAGGCAGGGGCCCCGGCCUCCCGCGGCGGCAUGGCCCGGCCGGUGCAGCUGGCGCCGGGAUCGCUAGCGCUGGUGCUGUGCAGGCUGGAGGCGCCGGAGACGGCGGCGGCGGCGGGCGCGGAGGAGCCUGGCGGACGCGCGGUCUUCCGCGCCUUCCGUCGCGCCAACGCGCGCUGCUUCUGGAACUCGCGGCUGGCGCGCGCCGCCUCGCGGCUGACUUUCCAGGGCUGGCUGCGGCGCGGGGUGCUGCUGGUGCACGCGCCUCCCGCCAGCCUGCAGGUGCUGCGCGACGCCUGGUGCCGCCGGGCGCUGCGCCCCCCGCGCGGCUUCCGCAUCCGGGCGGUGGGUGAUGUCUUCCCCGUACAAAUGAAUCCAAUAGCUCAAUCUCAGUUUAUACCUUUGGCUGAAGUUCUUUGCUGUGCUGUGUCUGAUCUGAAUGCUGCCCAGACCGUGGUGACCCAGGAAUCCCUGUUGGAGCAUUUGAAGCAACACUACCCAGGCAUUGCAGUUCCAUCUCAGGAUAUUCUCUAUACCACCCUGGGAACCCUGAUUAAAGAAAGGAAAAUUUAUCACACUGGAGAGGGAUACUUCAUAGUCACUCCUCAGACUUACUUCAUCACAAAUACAACCCCCCACAAAAAUCACAGAGACCUAUCGGAUGAAAGUCAGCGGCCGGCUUGCAUUACCUAUCUGGUGGGCGUGGCCAGCUGUGCAGAAUCAGCCAAAGAAAACGCUGCCCCCAUUUCCCAUUGUCAGUCUUGCAGGUGUUUCCCUGAUCCCUGCGCUCAGGAUGUAGAGGCAACACCGGAGGCUGCGGAAACGGCUAGAAAAGGCCAGAAAGGUCUUCAGGAAUCCAGACCUUUGGUACGGAAUCGAGCAGUUUCAGUGUCUGGGGAUCAUGUCAUCAGUGAAAGCGCCAAACCGUUACCAGACACAAAAGACAGAGAAAAAGGCAAGAAGUUUGGCUUCAGCCUCUUCUGGCGUAGUAUAUCCAGGAAGGAGAAGUCCAGAACAGAACACAGCAGUUUCUCUGCCCAGUUCCCACCAGAAGAAUGGCCUGUUCGAGAUGAAGAUGACUUGGACAAUAUCCCUCGAGACGUCGAACAUGAGAUUAUCAGAAGAAUUAAUCCCAUUCUGACCGUUGACAACUUAAUCAAACAUACAGUCUUAAUGGAAAAAUACGAAGAACAGAAACAAUAUAAUAGCCAGGGCACUUCCACUGAUAGGUUGACCACGAGGCAUAAAUAUCCUUCAAAAGAGGGAGUUAGGAAAAGGCGGGGCCGGUGUGGGAAGCCUCGAAGGCGGGGCCAUUCUCAGAGGAAGAGGCACAGAGUGGGGAGCCAGGGAAGUGAGCCUCAGCCAGGAAGCAUCAAACAGGAGAAACAUCCCAAGAUCCCUGCUGCACAGCCCAGCCCCAAAAUUAACAGCUCAAAUGAAGCAGGAGUUCAAGCACCACCUGCUGAGAAUUUAUCAGUGCUGGGUUCCCAUUUGAUUUACAAGAAGAGAAUCAGUAAUCCUUUCCAGGGCUUCUCUCACCGAGGGAGUCCCAUGACCAAAGUGCACAACACCCAGACCAGUGAUCUGAGACCCCGUCAGGCUGGACCAAAGGGAAAACCUUUCCAAAGGUCAAGGUCUUUGGAUUCCUCAAGAAUCUUGAAGAGUAAAGCCAAGCAGCGUCUUGCUGAACAAUGUGAAGAUAAACUGAUGGCAGAGUCCAUCUGUAUGAGUAACCCGACCGUCAAACCUCUCUGCGAUGACUUCAGAGGUCCCCUCUUAAAUUACACUCAGUGUAGUGUUUUGCAAAAUGGCGGUGAAUGUUGUUCCUUCCGGGAAAGCAUGUUGAGAUAUGAUGUAGACGGUGGAAAAAACGAGGUAAUCCCUGAAGUCUGGAGGAAAAGUUAUUCUCACUUCGACGCAUUAGGUGAGGCCGAAGAAAUACAGCAUGUCCUGCCAUCACAAGGUUCCUCUUUAGGCCAUGCCUCCCCUGCUUGUAGACUGGUUGAUAAAACAAUACACCAGUUCCAAAAUCUUGGUCUUUUGGAUUACCCAGUUCAUACGAACUCUUUGAGACAACCUGAGAGUCAAGACAGAGACUUAGAAGAAAUAGCAAUGAGAAAGACAUUUGUCCAGGAAGCAGAGACUGUGGGUCUAGAAGAUGAAGGGCUUUCUGAUGAAAACCAGGCCUUGGAUCAGAAUGAACUAGAAGAUGAUGAUGGUGCCUGUAGUUCAUUAUAUCUAGAUGAGGAGGACUUUUCUGAGAACGACGACUUAGGUCAAAUGCUGCCUGGCCACAUUCAGUGUUCCUUUGCAGGGAGAAGCAAGUGGAAUCAUUUGGGAAGACAAAAAGCGACUGAGAGAUCUCUGACUGAGUACAGCAGCAAAAUGCACAGGUCUGAGCCUCAGGUGCUUAAAGGAAAUGAAUGUUACAAACCCACCGGGUUUUUCACUAACCCAGGUGAAAGCCAAACACCUAAUCUCCCUGCUGAAAGCAGUGGUCUCAGUUCGGGGACUCAGCCCAGUUUUAGCCACGAAGAGGAAAACAGCGUUGCUACCUGUGUACAAGUGUCGGCCUCUGCUGAUGGAAGGAUAUUUGGUUACUAUAGCACGAGGAAAGCCGAUUCUGAGACUGAAACCCUGCAAGACCCUGUUAGUGACACAGGAAAGAAACCAGCGAGCUGGAGUCAGAGUGCUCUGAAUCAGGGAAUGAGAAAGCAGUUCACACAAAAGGUAGAACUUUUCAACACUUCCCAUAUGCCAGUGUUGGCUCAGGAUAUCCAACAUGAACACAGUCAUUUGGAAGGAACAGAAAAUCAUAGCAUGGCUGGAGAUAGUGGAAUAGAUUCCCCACGGACACAGAGUCUGGCAUCUAAUAAUUCAGUCAUUUUGGAUGAACUCAAAAGAAGACAGAAUUUUCUGCAGAACUUUGAAGGCACAAAGAACGGUCAAACACGCACAUCCAGUUCCUUACUACAACUAACUCCAGUCAUAAAUGUUUAAUUCUUAUUUUUCUUUUGGAUGCUUUUUUAAUAAAAAUGUACAGAUUAAUAUGGAAUAUUUUAA